AACACGAUCAUGGCCUUUCGGUCUGGUUUGCUCCUCGACCUCCAGUAUGAAUAGCUACAGUAAUUGGCAUUAUUUGCAUGUAUCUGUGCAGGCUUUGCAGGCGACAGCUUUGCCGCCAGCAGAGAAAACCUAGAGCCGAUUCCGCAUCGGAAACAGCAUCCUUAUUGUUGCGAGGCCGCUUUAAGCUCAUCUUAUCUCCUUAUUUAACGCUUUCUGCAUCGAGUUACUCAGGGACAUUGCAUCGCGAGCGCGCAGUGUGAGACCGGACAGUCGCGACAAGGGCUUUGGCGAGCGUCGUUCUAGGCCGCUCCACUUGCACCAAUCUUGCAGAGGUUGUCGAGGCAACUGGUCACACGUUCUGCGCCGACCUUGUGACGCGUAAACCCACCGGCGUGGCGACACGUCCGCGGGCGGGGCCUCGUCGAGGCGACCGCAAUUGCGAGGUUUGUCAUCCAAGGCGCUGGGCUUGCCACCUGCCGGCACUGCUCCGAUUCCAGCUUCGCAUCCAACUCAGAUCUUCCCUCUCACCUGCAUUACUUCUCGGCCCACUACCUUAGUACAAACCCGGAUCUUCUAGCACUUCCCGGCAGCGGAAGAAUGGCCUCCACAAGCGCCACCUCCACCGCCGCCACCGCCUCCACCGCCUCCAUCCCCGCCUCCUCCUGCCCGCCGCCCGACUACGACACGGCACUUGCCGUACGGCGGCGGCACUACGGCCCCAACACCUCGCUGUCGUACGAGCGGCCCAUCAUGUUCGUACGGGGGGCGGGCGCCUACCUGUACGACCAGGAGGGGGUGUCGUACCUGGACUGUGUCAACAACGUGUCACACCUGGGGCACGGCCACGCGGAGGUGGCGGCCGCCGUGUCCGCCCAGCUCCACACGCUCAACACCAACUCGCGCUACCUGCACCCGCAGCUGCCCGCCUACAGCCGCCAGCUGCUGCACACACUCAACAACAGCACAGCAGCAGCCUGUGCUAGCUGCGGUGGCGGGGGCUGCUGCGGAGGCGGCAGUAGCUGUGGCAGUGGCAGUAGCGCCUGCGGAUGCAGCAGAAGCAGCAGCGGCGGCGGCUGCUGUGCCGGCUCCAGCACUAGCAGUAGCAGUAGCAGACAGGGCUCCGGCGCGGCAGUAGCUCCAGCCGGGGCCGCAGCACCAACACCAGCACCAGUACCGGCCGGCUACCCCGCCUCUGCGUCUGCACCUUUUGCUGCUACUGCCGCUCCCGCAGCUACUGCCGCCGCUGCCGCUGCUGCCGCCCCCCUGGAGGUGCUGUACCUGGUGUGCAGCGGCAGUGAGGCCAACGACCUGGCGCUGAGGGUCAUUGCGGCGGCGCGGCCGGGAGCGACACACAUGGCGGUGAUGGGCGGCGCCUACCACGGCCACCUCACCUCGCUCAUCCCGCUGUCGCCCUACAAGUUCUGGGGGCGGGGCGGCGCCGGCCGGCCGCCACACGUGCACGUGGUGCCCUGCCCCGACCCCUACAGGGGGGAGCACCUGGACGGGCGGGCGGCGGCGCGGGCGGUGCUGGCGGCGGCGGCGCGGGCGGGCGGGCGGCUGGGCGGCUUCAUCGCGGAGAGUGUGCUGUCGUGCGGGGGCCAGGUAGUGCUGCCACCCGGGUACCUGCAGGGCAUGUACGAGGUACUGCGGGCGGAGGGCGUCAUCGUGGUGGCGGACGAGGUCCAGUGCGGCUUCGGACGCUGCGGCCGCGCCUUCUGGGGCUUCCAGACGCAGGGGGUGAUGCCGGACAUUGUGACCAUGGGAAAACCGAUUGGCAACGGCUACCCUCUGGCCGCCCUGGCCACCACCCGCGCCCUGGCCUCCGCCUUCUCCGCCGGCGGCAUGGAGUACUUCAACACGUACGGCGGCAGCACGGCGGCGGCGGCGGCGGCGGCGGCGGUGCUGCGGGUGCUGCAGCGGGACAACCUGCAGGCGCACGCACACCGGGUGGGCGAAUACCUGAUGGCCGCACUCAGGCGGCUGGCGGCGCCCGGCAGCACCGCCUCCACCGCCUCCACCGCCUCCCAUGCCUCCGCCUCCCAUGCCUCCGCCUCCGCCUCCCCUGCCGCCGCCGCCGCCGCCCCGCUGCCGGGCCACGCGGUGGAGGUGCUGGGUGACGUGCGCGGCAUGGGCCUGUUCAUUGGCAUCGAGAUCGUCCGCGACCGGGCCUCCAAGCGGCAUGCGCCCGUCACUGCCAAGUGGCUCAAGGAGCGGCUGCGGUCCCGGCACGCGCUGCUGAGCACUGACGGGCCGUACGACAACGUCAUCAAGAUAAAGCCGCCACUGGCCUUCGGGCGGCGGCAGGCGGACGAGCUGGUGGAGCGGAUGCGUCAGGUGCUGGCUACCGAGCUGACGGCGGCGGUGCGCUCCCAGCUGGAGGCGGCGGAGGAGGCGCACUGGGCGGCGGUGGGAGCGCCCCUCAUGCACACAUACCGCAGCAACGAGAAGGAGCUGGGGAUGGCGGGGGUGGUGGGGGCGGAGGGGGCACCAGGAGGAGGGGGAGGAGGGGCGGGGGUGCAGCAGCUGGUGUCGAGGCUGUAAUGAGGCACGUGUGCUUGUGUGCUUCAAAACAAAAUUAAGCCCGCCCAGGUGGCGCCGGAUUGAUGUGUGCGUGUGUGUGGUGUGGUGUCAGGGGUGAGGGGUGCUUUGUGUGGUGUGAUGCGAGUGGGUGGCGAGGAUAGGUUUAAGGUAGGGCACCCGGACUAAACUGCAAGCUACGAGAGCGCGGUGAUACCGGUAAGCUGAUCGGGUGAGGAGAUGAGCGGUCCCCAGCGGGGUAGCGCCACUGUGGUGGUGGUGGCGGCGGUUGCGGCGGCUGCGCACCUGAAGCAAGGACUUUGUGUGGUGCCGACGUGCAAACGCAACCUGUUGCAGCCGGUCACCAAAUACCGUACGACACAUGCGAUUGCGGCUCUCACUUAUGUGACUCGUAAAUUACCGGGCAUGUUGUUGCCCGCUCGCUGACCGCUUACCAUUUUGCUUUCACAGCUGCGGGGGGCGGGCGUGAAAGCCGUGAUGCAACGACAUCCCGUAUUUGACGAUUAAAGUUGUCUUUGCGCGCAAGUAUGCGGAAAGCGGUGUGUGUGUGUGUGUGGGGGGGGGGGCAAUUGUGCGAAGAGCCGAACUGGGAA